AUGAGUUGUGCGGAGGUGAUGUAUCACCCCCAGCCGUAUGGAGCGCCCCAGUAUCUGCCCAACCCCGUGGCAGCUGCAACCUGCCCCACAGCCUGUUACCACCCGGCGCCCCAACCUGGCCAGCAGAAGAAGUUAGCGGUAUACAGCAAGAUGCAGGACUCUCUGGAAGUCACCCUUCCCAGCAAACAAGAGGAGGAGGAGGAGGAGGAGGAGGAUGAGGAGGAGGAGGAGAAAGACCAGCCUGCCGAGAUGGAGUACCUUAACUCUCGCUGUGUCCUUUUCACUUAUUUCCAGGGAGACAUUGGGUCAGUAGUGGAUGAACACUUCUCAAGAGCUUUGGGCCAAGCCAGCACCCUUCAUCAAGAAUCUGCCAUUUCAAAAAGCAAGAUGGGGCUAACCCCCUUAUGGCGAGACAGCUCAGCUCUCUCAAGCCAGCGGACUAGUUUCCCGACUUCCUUUUGGACCAGCUCUUACCAGCCCCCACCUGCACCCUGUCUGGGGGGCGUUCAUCCUGACUUCCAGGUCACUGCACCCUCGGGCAACUUUACGGCCGCCGACCCCAGCCCCUGGCCGGGACAUGGGCUGCAUCAGACUGGCUCCGGCCCUCCACCUCCAGUGUCGGAGUCCUGGCACUACCCGCUGGCAUCUCAGGUGAGCCCGUCCUACGGGCACGUGCAUGACGUGUACAUGCGGCACCACCCCCCGCACGUGCAUCACCGCCACCACCACCACCACCACCACCAUCACCACCACCCUCCUGCGGGCUCCGCCCUGGAUCCACCUUACGGGCCCCUGCUGAUGCCCUCCGUGCGUGCGGCCAGGAUUGCCGCGCCCCCGUGUGACAUCACAAAGACAGAUCCAACGACAGUCACCACCGCUACCUCAGCGUGGGCCGGAGCCUUUCACGGAACCGUGGACUUAGUGCCAAGUGUGGGCUUUGACGCAGGUCUACAGCAUCAAGACAAAGGCAAGGAGUCACCGUGGUACUGAAACACACAGUAUUAUCAAGUUAAAUUGGAGCAUGAAUCCAUGGUCCCACUGGGAAAAGAUGCUGCCAGGGACUGUCAUUCUGCAGUGGGACAUGUUAGAUGUGGAAGGAAAAGAGGACGUGCUCUCCAGCUGACUUUGGUUUGGAGCCUUUUCUUGGGAAAGCAGAAUGAGUCCUAGACAUUGAAGAAAAGCAUUUUUGUUUAUUUCUUUCCCUCAUCUGAGCCUUUGCCAACUGUGCAACUCUCUCUCUUUUUCUUUUUGUCUUGCUUUU